CCCAUGCCCGGGCCACCUUCCAGCCUCCUCCGUCCAGUCUCCUCCCCUCCCAGAGAGUCCUCACUUCUUUUUCCCCUAGGCUGCAGUCAGCCGGAGGCCCCAGCGUGCCAGAGCCAAGAGCCCAGGUGGGGUCGAGAACCUCAGCUACAGGAUGUUGACAACACUGCUGUCCCUGCUGCCACUACUGCUCCUGCCCCGCUGGGCCCUCUGCAGCCAGGAAGCCUCAGAUGGCCCGCGGUACCUCCACAUGAUCCAGGUCUCCUACUUCCGCAACCCCUCUCAAGUGUGGCACCGGGGCAACGCGACGCUGGGGGGAGUCCUGACGCACGUUCUGGAAGGCCCGGGCAACAACGUCUCGAUCCAACAGCUGCAGCCCUUGCAGGAGCCCGAGAGCUGGGCUCUCACAAAGAACAGCCUGAAUCGCUACCUGCAGGAGUUCCUGGGCCUGGUGCAGGUGGUGCACCACGAGCGGGGCGUGGCCUUUCCUCUGACCAUUCGCUGCUUCCUGGGAUGUGAGCUGCCUCCUGAGGGCUUGAAAGCCCGUGUCUUCUUCGAAGUGGCUGUGAAUGGGAGCUGCUUUAUGAAUUUCCAACCGAAGACAGCCUCAUGGACAGCAGGGCCUCAGGCACCUUCCAGUGUGGUCACCUACGCCCUGGAGCAGCUCAACAAGUACAAUCGUACUCGGUACGAACUGCGGGAAUUUCUGCAGGUCACCUGUGUGCAGUACGUGCAGAAACACAUCACCGGGAACAACUCGAAAGGAAGCCAAAUAGGCCGCUCCUACACUUCGCUGGUCCUGGGCAUCCUGGUGGGCUGUUUCAUCAUCACUGGAGUGGCUGUAGGCAUCUUCUUGUACACAGGUGGACGGCGGCGGUGUUAAUUACUCUCCAGACCUCUCUGGAAAAGAGCUAGACUGAUGGGGGCUGGCAAAGGAAGAUCUCAGCUCACUGCAAAACUGUACAGUUUCUCUAUCUGGGACAUUAUACUCCAGAAGAUUUAGAGUGGCAGCUCAUUUCUUCUCCAAGAUCCGCCCACCAAGAGUUUGAGGGAGGGGAGGGGAGGAGCCUAGGUAGACAGGGUAGUUGGUUUGCUAAGAACCUAAGAACUGGCACCUUUGCUGAAUUGGUCUGAGAAGUGAAUGCUUAUCUAUAUUUGUGGAAAACAGAUGAUGGAGUUGGGGCAACAGAGGUGGUCUGUGGCCCACCCAUCUUGCAAAGACAGAAUCACCUGAGGCGUUCAAAACACAUAACCAAAUAAAACAAGUCAUCCACAACCCAAACAACCAACAUUCAGUGCUUCCGGGUAUGUUAGACUUGGGAAGGGACACUGGUAUUAUACAAUAGAGGUAGAAAUAACCAGAGAAAUGAUGGAAGUGUGCAAUCGAAGUAAUAUGGGAGCAAGGAAUUAUUAAUUAAUCAAUUAAUAAUAACAUUAAUAAAAUUCCUUGCUUAUGUA